UAUGUCAAUCUUCGAUUCACUGCCAGCGAAUGACCUCGAAACAGGAAGUGUGCUCUCUUGAAACCGUUCCCGUGGUCGUUGAGUUUUUCGCCUCACGUUCCUGUGAGUUUAGAAGAGGAAAGAGUAAUUAAGAAAAGGGUUUUUUUUUCCUCCCGAAGCGUUCUUGGGAGCAGGUUUUAAAUGUAUUGCCUUUUCCUUCUUUUUCCCAGGAACCGCCACCACCUCGGGUGGUGUUAGUGGUCUGGCAAAGCCCUGCUUCGGGGACCCUACUGGUUCCGUACGUUAUACAUAUCUACAAAACAGACUUUUCAGGCGCUUGGCGCGCUUUUGAUAUAUUAUUUGUUCCGAAGAAGGAAGAAAAACCCUUAGGUUAUUACGGAGGAGUAGGUAAAUACGAACUACCCGUAUGAAAAGAAAUCAAGCUUGGGCGGGUCGUCUUUCAAGCAACUACUUGAGCCCCUUGUUACCCUAAUUACCGCCAGGCUGCUUUUAGAUUAACUGCCCUGUGAUCUCCUAGCCCCAGAGACCUUUUCUCUCAAUAGGUCUUCCGUGGGUGGAGAAUCGUGUCUCCCCUCUGAAAUACAGCGCUGGGAAGCGACGAGCAUGUGCGACAACGCUGUAGGUUCCCCGUUUUGAAGAAGAGACGAGAAAGUUAAGAUUCGCAAUAAUAUAGCGCGUUGGCUUUGGGGUGGCUUGUGAAAAACGUGCGGCAAGGAAAAGGACCGACACGAUCGUGGAUUUAAUGAACUGGAGUUUUCAUGAGAAGGUGGGAGACGUAGGACCCCCAUACACACACACCUCCAACCCUCAAAGCUUGUCUAGCCGGAUAUUCUGUUCUGCCUGCUCCAUCAGUGUUUUUGAAACAACGUGUCAUGUCUCAGGAGAGUGAGCAUGGGAAAUGGACAGUAUCUAGUAGUGAUGAAAGUGGAGAUGAGAAACCCGAGGGAGAGAAGCCCCUUACUUUGCCACGGCAAGGUGGCCAAAGCAAAGAGGAUGGGCCCAGUUACCCUUGUUCAGAGGCUAGGAAAGCUGCACUCAAGAGAAAAUCAUCCCCUUUGAAACAUAAGGAUGGGAGUUUUGCACAGGAGAUGUCUCCUGCUCAGAAAAAGAAGCCUUCUCAAGAUGGCUUAGGUUGGUGCCUUUCUAGUAGUGAUGAUGAGGAUGAUUUCAAAAACCAAAGGGAUAAAGAAGAGCUGGUAGCCAAAGGCAAAGAGGAGGAGGAGCGUUGCACUUCAGAGAAAACAAGGACUGUUCUGAGCCAGGCAUCUGCAGAACCAUGUGACAAAGCACAGGACACUUGGGAUCUGCUGAAUGAUGGGAAUCCUUUCCGAUUCUUCCUCACUAAAGUCAAAGGAAUUAAGCCAAAAUAUAAUUCUGGAGCACUGCACAUAAAAGAUAUUUUGUCUCCUCUCUUUGGGACUCUUGUAUCUUCUGCUCAGUUUAACUAUUGUAUAGAUGUGGAGUGGCUUGUCAAACAGUAUCCAAAGGAAUUCAGGGACAGACCUUUAUUAAUAGUCCAUGGAGAGAAACGAGAAUCCAAGGCUGAGUUACAUGAACAAGCAUAUCCAUAUAAGAAUGUCCGCUUGUGCCAGGCGAAGCUAGAUAUUGCCUUUGGAACCCACCACACGAAAAUGAUGCUAUUAGAGUAUGAAGAAGGCCUUCGAGUGGUGAUACAUACAUCCAAUCUUAUUGAUGAUGAUUGGUACCAAAAAACACAAGGAAUAUGGCUUAGUCCUCUGUAUCCAAGACUACCCUGUGGAGCUGAUGCAUCUGAGGGAGAAUCGCAUACAAGAUUUAAGUCUGACCUCAUAAGUUAUUUGAAAUCUUAUAAUUCUCCCACUCUUGUUGAAUGGAUUGAAAUAAUCAAGCAACAUGAUCUUUCAGAAACCAGGGUAUAUCUUCUUGGGUCAACUCCAGGUCGAUUCCAAAACAAUGAAAAAGAGAAAUGGGGUCAUCUUAGACUUAGAAAGAUUUUGAGAGAGCAUGCAACCCAAAUACCUAAUCAGGAUUCUUGGCCGGUAAUAGGACAGUUCUCAAGUAUUGGAUCACUGGGAGCUGAUCAGUCCAAAUGGUUAUGUUCAGAAUUUAGAGAGAGUUUGGUCUCUCUGGGAAAUACUGAAAAAAUUCAAAGAAAUCAUGACAUUUCCAUUCACCUGGUUUACCCAACUGUGGAAAAUGUGAGACAGAGCUUAGAAGGUUAUCCAGCUGGUGGGUCUCUUCCAUAUAGUAUACAAACAGCACAGAAACAGCUUUGGUUGCACACUUAUUUCCACAAAUGGUCAGCUGAAACUUCAGGUCGUAGCCAUGCAAUGCCACACAUUAAGACUUACAUGAGAGUAUCUCCAGACUUCCAGAAGAUUGCAUGGUUUCUAGUUACAAGUGCCAAUCUUUCCAAGGCUGCUUGGGGAGCUUUUGAGAAAAAUGGCAGCCAGCUGAUGAUCCGUUCCUAUGAGCUGGGAGUCCUCUUCUUGCCAUCUGAAUUUGGCUUGGAUACAGGUUACUUCCAAGUGAAGGAAAACAUGCUUUCUGAUAGUUCAGUGCUAUCAUUUCCUGUACCUUAUGAUCUGCCCCCAGAAAAGUAUGAAACUAAAGAUCGCCCGUGGAUUUGGAAUAUUCCCUACACUAGAGCUCCAGAUACACACGGAAAUAUGUGGGUUCCUAAAUGAACAGCAAAAAUUCACCUUGAAACUUCAGCAUCUUUAUUUCUGAGCCCAUUCAUGUACCUGAGAGAACUGAUGGUUUUAAUAAUGUAGUUUUUUACACAUUUAAAACUUCUCUCUACAAAAUAAAGUACUGAUUUUUUUUAAUUGACAUAAUUUUUGGAGAAGAUAAUUGCCAUGAAGCUUAACAUUAUAUUUAUAAACCUCAGUACUCAAUGGAAGUGGUGCUAUCAAUUAUGUUCUAGUGCUAUCUUUCCCUUGAACCUGAUCAUUGCCCACUUUGUUUGUUUUCAGUCAGAACAGCAGCUGUGGGAAAAGACAAAGUUGUAUAGAGUUGAAAUAAAGUUGAAUCAUAG